UUGACGUUUCUGCCGGUAGAAGAGAUCGCCGUAGUCCGUCGGAGGGAAGCGGCUCUUACGCUUGUUGCCACGUCGGAGUAGCUGGCCCGGCUGGGAUAUUCAUUCAAUAUAAAGAUUGUAUUUUAGACACGGAUAGUGUGUUUCUAGUUCACCUGUAAUCAUGGUGAGUGUUUUUACUGUCUAAUUGUGAUUUAGCUACCUGCUAAUGUUUGUGUUGUUAAAUGUUGACCGUUGGUUGCUGACGUUUCCAAACAGCUAGCUUAUUAGCAAACAUGGCUAACGACUGUUAGCUCGUUUCUAAAGCAGUAGUGAAUGUUUUUACGCUGUUUCGUUGUAAUUGUGUUUUAAAUGUUUACUUGUGUUUCUCAGGUUUCCGUUAUCAACACUGUGGACACCUCCCAUGAGGACAUGAUUGUAAGUAUUGCUUUCCCGACAGACCAGACGGUGGCUCGUAGAUAUAGUUCAUGUUAGCAUUUAGAAGUUGGGUCUAUUGGAGUUAAGGUAACAGAACAAAACCAGCAUAUGUGAAUUUAAAACCUCCACGCUAUAUGCUUGACAUGGUGAAAUUUGGGUCAGGUUCAGGCAAAGCUCAGGGAAACAAUCGACUUAGCACUACUUCAGAAAGCUCACAUACUGACUGCUGGUGUUAUGUAUAUAUAAUGUGUUGGCAUAUAAAUUUACAUUGACACUGACAUGCUCUUAAAGCUUUUGAGCCUUAAAGAAAUUACAACAUAACUGAGCAGCAGACAUAUUGCAUUGAGCAGUGGUUCACAACUUAUCUCACUCUGGGACCCACAUUUUCCUAUGGUCCUUAAGUCGCGACCCACAUUUAUAGAAUUCAAAUCAAGCAAAUUUAUAUAUAUAUAUAUAUAUAUAUAUAUAAUCUUUAACAUAAGUCCACUUGUUUUAUUGAGUAAAGUGCAUUCAGAGCACACAACUACUGAAGUUGCACAUACAGAUAAUAUUGAAUAUCUUCUAAAUAUCGCCUUUAAUAUUUACUUUUUUGACUGUUUGUGACCCAUCCAGAAUGUGUCCGCAACCCACUUUUGGGUCGGGACCCACCAUUUAAGAACCACUGGCAUACAGCAGUGGUUCUUAAGUCCAGUCCUCGAGGCCCACUGUCCUGCAUGUUUUGGAUGUUUCCCUGCUCCAACACACCUGAUUCAAAUGAUCAGCUCGUUAUCAAGCUCUGUAAUGGCUUAAUAACGAGCUGAUCAUUUGAAUCAGGUGUGUUAGAGCAGGGAAACAACCAAAACAUGCAGGACAGUGGGCCUCGAGGACUGGAUUUGAGGACCACUGGAAUAGAGUAUUGCAGGUUUAUUGAAGGACACUUACCAAGUUUGGUCUCGGUAAACCGACCCUUACUCAUGUACAACCCCAAAUCCAAAAAUUAAUGAAACAAUGCUUUCCAUUAGUGGUGCAACGGAUCACAACACUCACGGAUCGGAUCGUUCCUCGGAUCAAGAGUCACGGAUCGGAUCAUUUUUCGGAUCAGCAAAAAGCAGUUUUGUCUGUAUAUUAAACACUUAAAUGGUUGAAUUAAAAUAUAUAAAAGUAGUGCAUACGGCAUAAUAUCUUCUUUUCAACAUAAUUAUUAAUGAAAAACAACUUAAAGUGCAAUAUAUAGGCAUAUCUCCUUCCUUUAAAAUGUAACAAUGAACCAAAAAUGAAGUAUGUGCGCGGUGGGAUAUUGUAACGUGGCCCAAGCACUUUCAGCAUGUUUUUAAAGCCCUCGUUUGCACAACUGAAUAUGGCCUCAUGUCUGUAGCUAUAAACACACCGAUAGCGUUUGUGAUAGCUUUAACCCGGUCGGAUUGCGCAGGAAGAGGCUGCUUAAAUGCUGCGGUGAUGAGUGGUUGCUGGCCAGCUUUCGUUUUAUCUCAGGUGUUGUGACAUAGAAUGCACCCCUGCCGUAGAAUGCACCCCCUGACGGGAGCGCGGUUUAAAGUACAUAACGAGGCGAAAUAAUCCAAGUUUUUCUUACAUUGGAUGGAUUCAAAAGCGUUUGCCUGUAAUAAUUUCAUUCAGGCUAUUCAAAGAAGCCAAAAACAACAGCCCUUGGAAUAUUGCUGUCCCGAAAAUAUAAUGCUCUCCACCUGGACAGCUUUCUGUACAGUUUAUUCCCAAGUACACCUCUAUAUUUGCAUUUUUGAGACACAUAAAAAGAAAAUGAAAGUUUGCUGCUCCAUUUGACAUGUUGUCAUGAUCUAAUACUCGUGUUUCUUUAAAUAUGAGAUCAUUAUCUCCAUUUUAAGAAGCUAACGAGUGGAGGGGAUGCAGGGGUGCGUUCUACGGCAGGGGUGCAGUCUACGGCACAACACCUGUCAUUAAAACACCCGGGUGAUGUCGCUUUCAAAUGCGUGAACAUACUCGAUGUGUUUCCACUGUCAUAUGGCUUUCUUAUGCCAAAGUGCCUACACACCUUCGCAGUUUUGUCCACUGACCUCUUUCCUUCCUCAUCAUAGUUGACAGGGAAGCCAAAUUUUUUUUUUCAGAAAUCGAACCGCGGGUAACGUGUGUGCCGAACCGAUGACGUCGAUCCGAACGGAUCACGGAUCAAUGAUGAUCCGUUGCACCACUACUUUCCAUGCUUAUAAAAACAGAUUUUGAUGUUCUACAAAUCAUUCAAACCCUACAUCUCCCUGAAAACAGUGAGGGGUGUUUAAAACCAAACAGUUGUUCAUGGUAGUUAAAGGGAUAUUCCGGUGUAAAAUUAAUUUAGGGUCAAACACAUCAUAACACCGAGUUAAACACCCCCUUGAGAGAUGACUGUUGCAGACCGCUUACUUUUCUAGUUAUACCAACUUUAUUAAUGACAGUCGGAUUGUAAUACACAGCGGUCUGAGGAGACAUAAACAAACCUCAACCGAAAAGCCACUCUAUAGCCACAAAUAAUGCUCAGAACAGCACCUAACUUCUAGCCUGGCUGGGCCAUCCUGUUGCGUGAAUCACUUGCCGUUCUUUCCCACAACAGUCUGGACUUCGGCCCAUUGGGAGCGUGUAUUCCCUAUCACAAAAUAACCGGGCCAAUCAGAGACCGUGUUUCCACUGUUACCCAACAAAGUCGGCAGAAAAUGUUUAGAUCCGCAGAAGACGUCGGAUAUAAACGAUUUCUGCUGACUUUGCAGAGUGAACUGCAGAAUUAACAGCGUUCUGAAUGAACGGGGCUUUGAAAAGUCCCACAGCAUGUGUUAGACGUCACCAUCUACACAUGGACCAAUCAGGGGCUGCCUUUCCCUGUUGUCCGGGUAACAGUGGAAACACGGUCUCUGAUUGGCCCUGAACAGCUGUUGAACAGUUGACAUCUUGUAAUAAGAAUGGGACAACAUUUUACUUUCCAAACUCCUGAAACUAGUCUGCUGAGUUCACUAACAUCUACAGAGUGUUGAUGAAAGGAAGAUCUGAUGAUACAAGAUGGAAAACACCACAGAGGCUAAACUUAUCUAAAAAAAUUAAGUCACAUCAAGUUUAAAAUAAGCAUGUCUUUUUCAUAAAAAACAUAAAAAUUCUCAUUUUCAGUGUAAGGAUCUGCUAAAUGUUGUGUAUCACGGUGAACAAGUAUUUCGUCAUACCCUACCUUUCAAUCCCCUUGUUGUGAUUUACUCUUUUUACUCUGAUUAACCAAGCAAACCGUGACACCCACCAUAAUUAAGAUGUAUGUAAAACCAGUUCCAAACAAGUCCUUCAGAGCUCCUUCAGUUUUCAACCUGAGGACAGUCCUCUACCAAACUGCAUCAUAUUUACAGUAUGGCCUCAAGUAAGGUUAAUCCUGUUGAACUGGGAGGAAGCUUCACCUGAAAGCCACCCCACCAAUACAAUCUUAGAUUUUCCUCUUUUACUUGCAGUGACCUCGUGGAGGUUUAGAGGUAAUAUAUGAAGUUUUUAUUCUGCUCAGUUUUUUCCUCAUGUCUUUUCUUGUUUGCAUUUUUUUCCAGCAUGAUGCUCAGAUGGACUACUAUGGCACUCGACUGGCCACCUGCUCCUCUGACAGAACAGUGAAGAUCUUCGAUGUCAGAAAUGGAGGGCAGAUACUUGUAGCAGACCUCAGAGGGUAAGACACUAAAGGUCCAUGACCAAACCUCAGAGCUGAAGCUAAACAUAGAUUGAUGAGCGGUUAAUUUAUGUCAGUGUUGGGCAAGCUACUUAGAAAAUAUAGUGAGCUAAGCUACAGGUUAUUCUACAUUAAAUGAAGCCUCCUACACUGAAGCUACCCACCCGAGAAAUGUAGCGAGCUAAGCUACAAUAAAAUGACAAAAGUAGCUUAACUACAUCAAAGUUUCUUUUCUUUUUUUUUUUUACAUCAAACUUACUUCAUUACAAGUCAUUGCAAUCUAGUGAUCAAUGAAGCUGUGAGACAAACAGAUCAGAUCAGUUUGAUUGUUUAUUAAACUCUUCUCUCUCUCAGCAAAACCAGUACUUACAAGGGCCCGACCGAUUUAUCAGCGAGCCGAUUAAAUCGCUAAACCAAUUUUUGCCCGUUUGAGACUAAUUGGUAAUUGCUUUUCUGGUCCAAGUUUGAUUCAUGAUAAAUUCAUGAUACAUACGUGGAAAAUUACUGAGAUUAAUAUUACUGAGAAGUGUUUUAACUUCAUAAAAAAUUUAAAAUAGAAUUUUUCUUCUCCCUAAUAAUCGGUAUCGGCAUUAGUCCCAAAAAAUCAAUAUCGGUCGGGCCCUAAUACUUACAUAAUCACAGCAACAACAAAAAAAAAAAACAGGUGUUGCAUAUGUGUGUGUGACUGUCUUCAUUUAUGAUGAUGCACACACACAUAACGUUUUUCUUUCGCUUCCAAAUGACAAGUUGCCGGCUCGUGCUAUGUUAGCUGUUGAUGUUUGCUGGCUGAGUUGUGACGACUAGCUUAGCUGGUGAUUGUGUUAACUUCAGGAAAUACCUGAAUGUGUGUCCUUAAAUUUGCGUUGGACGUCUUGGAUGUUGACAGGAGCUUCCUCUUGGGGUUGCACAGUAAACAUCGGGAUGUAUAACUGCUCUGUGAGGUCUUGAUUUGUGACAUGAACUUGUUGAGAUAUGGUCAUGGGGAUUCACGAGGUGAAGACAGCUCUGCCUCUGCCUCCUCCCCUUACAUUGUCUUCAGCUGUGCGCUUUCCAUCCUAGCAGCAUCAGACAACUCUCGCAUGUAUCUUUUAAUACACAGUCUAGGACACGCAUCAGCAGGACGAUAGGUACGUGACAUUACACGGGAGAGAUGCAUUUACCCCGGUACUUUGCCACGAAAUCAGCUUCACUACUGAAAAGCUAUUUGAUGUAGAAAACAACGACAAUACAACCACGCUACUGAGAAAUGUAGUUAAACAAACCGCUACUUGCACUACUGCCCAACACUGGUUUAUGUUCCAUGUGUCACACAAAUAAUCUGCGUUUAGCAAAUGGUAUUAAAAUCAGCUGUAAUGAUUGUAUUUGUUUGUGUGCUGUGACUCCACUACCAGUUGUUUUGUCAGGUUUUGCCCUUUAGAAAUACUGAAAAUUAAAAACAGCACACUAAAUAAAUAAAAAAAAAGGCCGCGAUGUGCAACCACACUUGCCCUUCCACAGUUGUUGUAUUUAUAUCAAACCUAAAUCUGAGUCUCUGUACUUGUGCAGUCAUGAAGGCCCGGUGUGGCAGGUAGCGUGGGCUCAUCCAAUGUUUGGCAACAUCCUGGCGUCAUGUUCCUACGACCGUAAAGUCAUCAUCUGGAAGGAGGAGAACGGUACCUGGGACAAGAUGUAUGAAUACAACGGACAUGAAUCAUCAGGUGGGUACCUCUAUGCGUGUCCAGGUGAAUUAAUGCACAGCAGUUUAUGUGAAACUCCAUCUGUAUUUCCACCAUUCAGAGCCUUUUUUUUUUCCCCUGAUCUCUUUGGUCUGUUUUUAGAUCCUCAUAAAGUUCUCACUCUUCCCUCCCUACAGAUUAGAACAGUUCGAUCUGGCUUUGAUAUUUUAGUUUUAACUACCGAAUAGUGUUAAAGAUUUUCACAGGACUUCGCCUCAUGAGACCCUGGUCUUGUUUUUUGACUUCACUUCUGUGUGACUCCAGUAAACUCUGUCUGCUGGGGUCCGUAUGAGUUUGGUCUGAUCCUGGCCUGUGGGAGCUCAGACGGAGCGAUUUCUCUCCUCACAUUUACCGGGGAUCAGCAGUGGGACGUGAAAAAGAUCAGCAACGCACACACAGUGAGUUAAAGUUGAAGUCUUACUCUUAAGUGUGAUUUCUAUUCAGACUUGAAAAUCUGUUCUUGCUUUCUUUGCUUCACUUAUUCACUCUCUGUUGUUCUGACUUCAUUUUUACCGCCUAAUGUGCAGUGUUGUUCUCCAAGCCAACCUUAUUUGUAAAUUCGUUCCAGAUCGGCUGUAACGCAGUGAGUUGGGCUCCUGCUGUGGUUCCCGGCAGUCUGAUUGAUCAACCCUCAGGACAAAAACCAAACUACGUCAAACGCUUUGUCUCAGGAGGAUGUGACAACCUGGUCAAACUCUGGAAGUAGGUUCUUGUUUGAUUAACUUGCUGUGGCGUCCUUUGUUCUUUACGGUUGUUUCUUUUUAACUGAUGCUGAUUGUCUCUCGUCACAUCCCCAGAGAGGAGGACGGUCAGUGGAAGGAGGACCAGAAGCUUGAGGCUCACAGUGAUUGGGUGAGAGACGUGGGCUGGGCUCCUUCUAUUGGUCUGCCCACCAGCACCAUCGCCAGCUGUUCUCAGGUGAGAUGUAACUAAAUUAAGUUGGAUUUGUCCACACAAUAGACCCAAGUUGAUCAAAUCAACAGUUAAAUUUUUAACAUGUGAUCCUGCACCAGCUCUGAGUAAGUUGGAAAGUAAUUUCUUAUUUCAGGUGAAAUUUACACUCUGCAUAAACACAAGUUACAACUUAAAUCUUACAGAGAGAGGUGAAGUCCUCUGUAAAAAACUGCUCGUCAGGGACAUUGAUAAAUGUGGAGGAUGAGCAGAAGAACAGCCAACAGCUAGCACUGUGUUCUCAGCCAUAGAUUACAUUAAUUAAAGAUGAAUAAUAGCUUUGAAUUGUAUUCUUGCUCUUUUUCCAUGAUGGGAGAUCAUCUAAUCAAUACAACAAUAGAGUAUGGAUACAGAGAGUUCAGUGACUCUGUGUCACGACUAAAGGUCCUUAAACACCGGGGCCAACGCGAAUAAAGAACGCAGGAUUACGAAAUAUUCGGAGGAGAAUUUUGAUGCGCCUGACUAUACACAUCAAGCCCGAUGCGAUUUUGCAACUUUCCAGGGGGAAAAAGACGCAUCCCGGGUGGAAGCGAGAAGACUGACACAACAGCAGACUGAGUGUUUUUCAGUUCUGAUUAGACACUAGUGUUGAGAUGUCUGUCUGUCAUGAUAGCAUGUACUGAGUCGGGGCCAGUACCAGAUAAGCACAUUAAACUAUAAUCCAUAAACGUAAGGUAACAACCCAGACCUAAUGAUGCUGUGACAGCAACACGAUUGAGUUUGAGACAGUGAAAAUACAUAUGGUAUGUUGUAUCUGAACAGGUUAGCUUACGAGCUAAAGUUACUUAGCACAGAUGAAAGUUAAAACAAAGACGUUUAGCAAACUGUUAAAGCACACAAACCAUCGUCAUAUGAGAAAUCUGACGCUAUGACUCUCCACAAGUUGUCCUUCAGGUCGUUAUCUUUGUAACGUUUGUGUCUUUUAUCAAAAAGUACUCUGUUCUCUGACAUGUAAACAAUCAGCAAGUCGGCCAUGUUGGAAAUACCGGUGAAUCAGACGUCGCAACAACACAGGUCAGAAGUGGACACACAGUAUGCGAAACUUUAGAAAAAUCGACCAUGAUCCGAAAAAAUAAAUGCUGCAAUAUCGCAGGACGGGAAAACGUUGCUGAUGUGAACGCUUGUAUUGACAGGAUACGGGUUUGAAAAAAACAGAAUCUGGAACGGCUCCGCUCCAGCCCGGGACGGCAGGCGGAUCAAAUACACAAGCAUUAUAAUCAAUAUGUGUGAUUACACACAAUCCGUCCACUGCGGAAUGGCUCCGACGGCCGGAUCAGAUACGCAUUGCUUCUAUUUUUGCGGGACGCCGCAGCAGCACGGUGCAUCAAUUCAGUGCAGCGCAGCACGAGCAGCAGCUACAGAGUAAAAUAUUCAGUUAAUUUUCAAAAUAAAAUGAGGUCAAUACGUUGACUGGUGAUUGACUUAAUAAUAGGAGAGGCCGGGGUUGUUGGAUGUAGGUGUUUAUAUACAUCGACCGGCGGAUCUCAUCCAAUGUCUCACGGGGAAACACGCAAGAGUCUUGUGAGAAAUAUCGGUAAUCUCGCAAGCGCUUCUCCUCUGAUGGUGAAGGCGGAUCGGAUCAGGUUGGCGCUGUAUGCUUGCGUAUUUGAUCCACCUACCGGUCCGAAGUGGAUCAGAGCCAUUCCGGAUCCAGUGGAAUCCCCGGGUCAGUGUUAGUUUUGUUUCCUCUCACUGUUCUUCCUCUACUAUGACCAUUUGCGUACACAGCACAUCUGUCAGUCAUCUUGAUCUAACCUAAUUGAUGACAUGAAAUAAACGAAUUGUCAUGGACAUAAAUCAGCAUGAUUUUAACCACUUGCAAAAACAGGAGCCCUGUCUGAGAAACAUUGAUUUGACUUGUAAUUUGAUUUUGUCGUUUGACCCAUGUCCCAUCUGUUGACAUGGAGGAGGCAGACUCUGUGACUGUCAGUGCAGCCAGGCAGUAGGAGGAGCUUUAUUGUUUUGACUUCACUUUUACUGAGCUGUUUUUUUCCUCCUGCCUGACUUUAAUGAAUAGAAGCUAACACAGCCCACUUUGUUUCAAGUCAACAGAGUAAAUGUGAGAGCAUGUUUUGCUGUGCUGUUUUGUCAGUGUGUCUUUGUCACUUUCUCGUAGGACGGUCGUGUGUACAUCUGGACGUGUGACGACCCUGCAGGAAACACGUGGAACGCCAAACUUCUCCAUAAGUUCAACGACGUGGUUUGGCACGUCAGCUGGUCCAUCACUGGAAACAUCCUGGCUGUUUCAGGAGGAGACAAUAAGGUAGAGCUCAAGAGUUGACAUGCAGUACAUCAUUUAAUGUACCUGCCUGUUUGUUUAUCUGAUUUCUUUUUAAAAAGCAUCAGAGUUUCCAGUAAUGUUUUAUUUUUGCACAUUUUGUUGGCUUUAACACCAAUCAUGAAUGUGGUUUUUUUUUCUGUCUGCUGUACUGACUUAUUGUGAUUGUGUUGAAGGUGACAUUGUGGAAGGAGUCAAUGGACGGUCAGUGGGCGUGUAUCAGCGAUGUCAGCAAGGGGCAGGGCGCCGUCUCCUCCAUCACAGAGACACAGCAGAGCGAGCAGUGACAUUUUCAUUGCUUGUGUGUGUGUCAGUGUGAUACACGCACAAAGAAAUGACGACACGAGACGCCGACCUUAACCACCGACAUCGAAAAAGCUUCUUUUGUCCAGUUUUGUUUUGUUUUAUUUAAUGAAACACCAAGAGUUGUAAGUGAGUCCAGCUGCUGGACUGGCGUUCUCUUUCUGUACAGAAUUUCUACUCACAGAUUCACCAGGAGAGAAACAAUCACAGAUCCACGAUGGAGAGUCUUUUUAAAGUUAAUAAGACUGUUAAUUACUUUAACACAUAGUUUUCUUAAUCACAUGCACUCCACUGUGUCUUGUUCCCCAUCAGUUUCUUCAUGUAUAUCAAGACUAUCCAAAUAUAUUUAAGAUGCAUCUUUUAAAACCCCAUUGUCCUUUUCCCACAAUGCUCUGCUCCUGAAACAUUCCACUUUUACAGGCAGAGAAACAAAACCUUAAAAUGUCUCCCCCUAAAUCACAGCACCAACCUGAUUCUCUCAGUUCUUUGUGUUUAUAGAUUUACUAAUUAAAAAACAAACAACUUUGUUUAGGGUAGAAAAUAAUCCCCACUUCCAGCUUGUCAUUCAUGUCUGAAUUAUUGAGCAUGUCAUGUGCGGAGCAUAAGCAGCUUCACUGUUCUGACUGUAAACAGAUGUUCAUUUUGUCACGGUGAGAUGAAUCAUUGCCAAAAAUGUAAUUACUGAUGAGCUGAUUUCAGCCCAGAACUCUGAAACAAUAAGAACAAACAGAAUAAAUGAUUUAUACGGAAAAGUAUGGAUGAGUAUUAUUCUGUCUUUCUGUCUUUGUUUGAUGUCAAAGCUCAAACAUUAGCAGGUGUUUGGAAACUCAGCAGCACUCUGACUAAAUCAGUUGUUCAUACCAUCAUGGUGUUAAGGGGUCGUUUAUCCGAGCAGCAAUGCUUGCUGUCUGGAAAAAAAGGUAAUACUGGAAGUAGUUUCUCCAGUGUCCACGCAUGUCCUGCUCCAAAAGCAAAGAAAACACAUUUUUACAGAAAAAAAUGAUAACCUGGUGCAAAAAACAGUGUUUUCUCUGUAAUUGUGAGUGGUGCCCUGAUUAAAAAUGCAAAAAUAUGAAUUUGAUUAAUUUUAAAUAUUUAUGUCUGACAUUUACUAGAAGUUCAGACUGUUAUAAUUCAGCCUGUUUUUUUUUUCUGUCCCUGGUGGCUUUUGCACAGAGUUAAGCUGAGGUUAAACUUCAGGCCUGAGUAAAAUAUGUGUUUUAUGAGUUGUAAAAUCAAUGUCUCACAAGAAAAAAGUAGUGGUAAUAUCUUUCUCUUUUAUCAGAAAACAGUCAAAGUAAACCAUUUUUUAUACAAAUAUAGUAAUUUCAGAUUUUUUCAGGAUUUGUGUUUUUUUUAGAGAAUAAAAUGGAAGUAAAGCCUUUUUUAAUUUUUAUUGACCAGAAUAAAGUCAUGUUUAAGUCAUUUUUGAUAAAAGUUGUAAGACAUAAAGUUGUUAUGCUACUUCAUGAGAUUAAAAUCACUGCUACAAAAUCAAA